UCGCAAAAAACAAGAGAAAAGAGGCCACGCAACGGCGACGGCGACGGCGACGGCCGGUUAAUUUGAUAGUAGAAAGUAAACAAGUGAAAUUUCGAUGGUGAUGCCAUGGCGGGAAGUCGUCGAGGGGUUUCACGCGGAUACGAUUACGCGGUAGGCCCUUGGCCGGAGGAGGGAAGAGGAAUCACACAGCGACGACCGACGAUCAUGGCCGGGAUCGUUUCCUCCUCCACCGCUUUUCUUCUCCUCCUCGUCCUCGUGCCCAAGAACGGGAGCGAGGCCUUGGAGGCGGAGAUGUGCUACUGCUAUCAGAGGAGCGCCGUCGGCGGUGAAACUAACAAGCUGACCAAGACGAUCGCGUUGCUCGCCGUCGGCCCCAUUGAGCUGCAGAUAAAAAAGACGGUCUCGCCGUCGCCGGUGAGCGGCUGCUCGGGCGCAGUGCCGACGCCGUCAAAGCCACCGCCAAUCCCGGCGGACACGCGCGCGCAUACAUCUCCAGCACCGCCUGCUGCAGAUAAAAGUGGCUUCAGCUGGCCGGCCAAAGCAUGGUGCUGCUGGGGACUCGCCGUGGCAACGGUGAUCGUCGCGCUCGCAGUGAGGUGAGUCCUGUUUACUUUCUCGCGCUUUGCCGGCGAUACCGGCGUGUGUGUGUUAUGAAAAAAAGAGUAGUUACUGAUGCUAAACACCUCCAAAGUAUUGAAAACCGUGUUGUUGUUUUUUUCAAAACCACGGUAUUCUUGCAAAACAUCAAAAUUACUGAGCUGCCAAACGCAGCCCAGAACUUUCAAACUCUAAAACAUCUAAGAUUCAACCGUAAACUAUCAAAACCUGCUAAGAUUCAACGCCUUUCCCCUCUGAACCUGGUUUUCGCUGAGUAGGACUGAUCAUGACCUGUUGAUUGGCCGGUAAGCAUCCCAGUCAGCAGCCAUGUGCGAUUUUCAGCGCUUCUCGGGUCAAACUUUGACAAGAAAAAGGAAACAUCCAAAAAGAUAAAAGAAUUCUCUAAAACCAAGAUUAGUAUACUUAUCGUUCUGUGAAAGCUGCUGCCACCAUUUUCCAAAACAGCUUUAAAAAUAACCUUAAAUUUCAUUGUCAUCCCU